UUUGUCUUCCUCGCUAAGGGCCCGUUUGAUUGUAGUGAAUAAUGGGGUUUACUGAGGAAUCGAGCUACUUGCCACAACAAGUCAGUAAACCGAUUUGUGUUGUGAGCCCACAGUUUGUGUGUCCACACCCUUUUGACAUGUUGAGCGGGAAAAAAUUGCUAGCUCUUUCUGAUGGAAAUUUUGGCGUAACUGACGUCAAUGGUAACUUGAUAUUCAAAGUUAAAGGGAAGCUAUUAAGUGUUCACGGUAAACGUCUCUUGGUUGAUGCUGUUGGCAACCGUAUCCUCACUUUCCACAAAAAGUUAACAAGUGCUCGCAAAAGAUGGCAAUGCUUUAGAGGAGAUGGCACGGAUUCUAGAGACCAUUUGUUCACUGCCAAACUAUCAAAUCGAACCCAAUUCAAGACUUCACUUGAUGUGUUCUUGGCCUCCAACAGAAAUCAAGAUGUUGCUGACUUCAAAGUGAAAGGAAAUUGGUUUGAAAAGAGAUGUACUGUUUUUGCUGGAGAAAGUACUACUGUUAUUGCAGAGAUGAGUAAGAAAUUAAACGUUCAAAACAUUGCGUUUGGAGUCGACACAUAUACUAUUACAGUGUAUCCAAAUGUUGAUUAUGCCUUCAUUGUUGCAAUCAUGGCGAUUCUUAACGAGAUAUGUGAAGAGAAAUCUGAUGAUGAUGAAAAAUGAUGAAGUAUUGAAGUAACCAUACAGAAGCAGCCUCAAAAUAAUGAUGUUAUGUUCAAUAAGAGGCGAAAUAAAUGUUUCGUUCUGCUUAUCAAUCGUGUGUUUUAUGCUAUAUGAUGUAUCUCGUCAAAUGUA